UGAUAAAAUUCGAACAUCAAGUAACAAUCUCUCUUUACUGUAUGUUUUAUUGAGAAUGCAAUCUUACAUGUUGCAAGUGUCCCUUGAUAAAAUAGUUUCAAAGUUCUUGAGAGAACACUCGACAGAUGACUUUGUCACUGAAGUUGUCUAACGAGGAUAUGAGCAGAAGUUACAGUUGAUAAGUUGGCCAGGGACAGAGAGACCAGUGAUAAUGGAGACUUUUACACUAUACUCUGCCAUCCUCCUGGGUGUGGUCAGUGUGUGCUACUUCAACUCCCUCAAUUGUGGGUUUGUCUUUGAUGAUAUGUCCGCUGUGGUUGAGAAUAAGGAUUUGCGACCACACACUUCAGUUUCAAGACUAUUCUGGAAUGACUUCUGGGGCACACCAAUGCAAAAUGAGAGAAGUCACAAGUCCUACCGCCCUCUGUGCGUGCUGACUUUCCGGCUCAACUACAGCCUCAGCGAACUGGAGCCCAUGACUUACCACCUGGUCAAUACUUUGCUGCAUGCAGUGGUCUGCAUCAUGUUCAUGAAGAUGUGCUGCAUGUUUCUAAAGGAGUGGACAUCCUUUUUGGCUGCCUUGCUGUUUGCGGUCCACCCUGUUCACACAGAGGCGGUGACAGGGGUUGUGGGUCGAGCUGAGGCUCUGUCCUCCAUCUUCAUUCUGGCUGCACUGAUGACGUACGUCAGAUGUACAGGGUACAGGAAGCAGAUAAAUUGGAUGUGGUUGAUAACAACUGUAUGGCUGGUUACCAUAGCAAUGUUAUGUAAGGAACAGGGAAUCACUGUUAUUGGCAUCUGUUGUGUGUACGAAGUUUUCGUUGCACAGAGGGCCUCUUUCUGGGAGCUGGUGGACUUCCUGCACAGCCUGGUGGGAGCGAGGCCACGGGUGCCGGGGUGGUUGUCCUCGUCAGUGGUGCGCAUGGUGUUCCUGGUAGGCAGCACGCUGCUGAUGUUGUUUGCCAGGAUCAAAGUGAUGGGCGCACAGCUGCCAGUGUUUACCAGGUUUGACAACCCUGCAUCUGUGGCGGACUUCCCUGCCAGGCAUCUCACCUUCAACUACCUGCUGUCCGUUAACUCCUGGCUGUUGCUCAACCCCUCCCAUCUGUGCUGUGACUGGACGAUGGGGACCAUUCCACUCCUAGAGACCAUCACAGACUACAGAAAUAUCUUCACACUUAUCUUCUAUGCAAUGAUGAUAAAGUUUGUGACCUAUGCUCUGAGUGGUCAAAGUCAGAGAUCUAGGUGUAUUAUCAUGUCUUUAGCUUUUCUAGUCCUUCCAUUUGUUCCGGCCUCCAACUUGUUUUUCCCUGUGGGCUUCGUGGUGGCAGAGAGAAUCCUCUACACUCCCAGCAUGGGCUUCUGCAUGUUGGUGGCCCUGGGCUUCCAGAUACUGGUUCACCAUAAACAGUCUCUGAAGAUGGUGGUGCAGCUGUUAAUGGCAGGCCUCCUUCUGACACAUAGCAUCAAGACAGUGCUGCGUAACAAUGACUGGGCGUCUGAGUACACGCUGUUCAAAUCAGGACUGAAAGUCAACCAGGAGAAUGCCAAGCUGUUCAACAAUGUGGGCCACGCCCUGGAGAAGGUGGAAAAGUACAGCGAGGCCCUGGAAUACUUCGAGACAGCUGUCAGUGUUCAGCCCGAUGACAUUGGUGCACAUAUAAAUGUUGGUCGAACGCUGAGCACCUUGAACAGAACCCAGGAAGCAGAGAAAGCUUACAGGAGUGCCCUGGCUCUCUUUCCCCCAGUUAUACCUGGUAAGAGCUACACGACCCGGAUUGCCCCCAACCACCUGAAUGUUUACCUGAAUCUGGCAAGCCUGGUCUCCAAGAACCCAGACAGACUACAGGAGGCAGAUGAUUUGCUGAGGACAGCAGUGUCAAUGAGGUCUGACUACAUCCAAGGCUACAUCAAUCGAGGGGAUGUUCUGGUCAAGUUGGGCAAGAGAGAGGAGGCUAAGCAGGUGUACCAGCAGGCCCUCAAGGUGGACGACGACAAUGCUGACAUCUAUUAUAAUCUGGGUGUGGUCAGUCUGGAGCUGAAGCAGAUUGGGGAGGCCCGCAGAUACUUCGAGGCAGCCCUAGUGCGCAACCCAGACCACACGCAAACGUUGUUCAACUCGGCAAUAUUGCUGCAGGAAGGGGGAAAUGCCAGGGAUAGGCCCGAGUCCUACAGAAGGUUGAAGAAGCUGUUGGACGCUGAUCCAGAGGACUCCAAGAUACACUUUAACCUAGCUAUGCUGGCGAUGGAUGACAAGGACUUUAUAGCGGCAGAGAAAUACUUCAAACGAGCCCUGGAGCUUAGGGAGAACUUCCCGAGCGCUCUGUUUAACAUGGCCCUGAUGCUGGUGAAUGACAUGAACCGACCAGGUGAUGCUCUCCUCUAUCUCCGGACACUCCUACAGUAUAAGCCGGACCACAUCAAGGGGCUGAUCCUGACGGGGGACCUGAAUGUCAACUAUGUCAAGGACCUCAAUGCAGCACAGCAGAACUUUGAGGCAGUGCUGGCCCUGGAUCCGAAACACGUUCAGGGCAACCACAACCUGUGUGUUGUGUAUGUGGAGCAGGGCGACCUGCUGAAGGCAGAGAAGUGCCUGGUCCAUGCCCACAACCUCGCCCCCGAGGAGGACUACAUCAAACAACAUCUCAACAUCGUCCGCAGAAAGAUACAGCAGAUCAGACAACAGAUGGCCGCACAGAAGGCACAGGCCGCAGCAGACAAGCAGCCCUCACCCCAGGCCAACCAGCAGGCUGCCCAGGGCAGACAAUCUGCAGGUGCAGCAGACAAGCAGCCCUCACCCCAGGCCAACCAGCAGGCUGUCCAGGGCAGACAAUCAGCAGGUGCAGCAGACAAGCAGCCCUCACCCCAGGCCAACCAGCAGGCUGCCCAGGGCAGACAAUCAGCAGGUGCAGCAGACAAGCAGCCCUCACCCCAGGCCAACCAGCAGGCUGCCCAGGACCGACAUUCAGCAGGUGCAGCAGACAAGCAGCCCUCACCCCAGUCCAACCAGCAGGCUGCCCAGGGCAGACAAUCAGCAGGUGCAGCAGACAAGCAGCCCUCACCCCAGUCCAACCAGCAGGCUGCCCAGGGCAGACAGUCAGCAGGUGCAGCAGACAAGCAGCCCUCACCCCAGGCCAACCAGCAGGCUGCCCAGGGCAGACAAUCAGCAGGUGCAGCAGACAAGCAGCCCUCACCCCAGUCCAACCAGCAGGCUGCCCAGGGCAGACAAUCAGCAGGUGCAGCAGACAAGCAGCCCUCACCCCAGUCCAACCAGCAGGCUGCCCAGGGCAGACAAGCAGCAGGUGCAGCAGACAAGCAGCCCUCACCCCAACAAUGAUAAGAUGACAUCUUUCAAUUCAUUCAUCCUAUCAUCACACUAGUUUCAGACUAGUACAUCAUGUAUGAUUCCAUUUUUAGAAAAUCAAGUGACAAAAUGUUCCAUACUUCUGUAAAUAUGGUAAUGAAGGAUAAUUUUGAGAAAUUUCCAGGAACUCUAAGGCAUGGCCAAAACAAUUGCAUCUUGUGAAGUGUUAUGUCGCAGCAGUGUGAUACUAUAGUGUUAUUAUACUGUUCAAAGCGGCAUUAAAACCCAACUCACUCACUAUACUGUAUAAGGAAAUGGAAAAACAUGAAGACCUGCUGCCUUGAUUUUCCUGUGUACAGUUCCAUUCUGUUAUGAUAAAUAACCAUUCGUGACCAACUCGUGUUAUUCCAGGACAAGCCGAAUAGCGACUCAUGUCCCUCUAAUAGCCAUUUUUGCGACCAGGUUGCGUCUUAGCGCAAACGGGCAUACCUAAAACAAUUGUCAACUCGUUGCGUAAUGGUUCACAUAAAUUUCCCCAUAUAUUAUAUAUAUUUCAGAUACAAUUUAAAGCACAUCUGGACAUGCAGAA